AUGGCGGACCUCCUUAAAGGAUCCAACGACCCAAAUGGCCAUCAAGCCUUCGAGCCGGAAAAGCUUAAUAACAUUGGCUUAGCCUCCGUGUCCAAUGGCAUCCCGACCAUCUACUUCUCCGGGGCAGAAACGCAAAAGCUGGCCGAAAGCAUGGGGCACGCCAUUGUGGGUAAGUUUUCUCAUUCUAUCCCAACGGGACUCCAAAUUCAAAAAGCCCUAGAAAGUGUUAAAUUUCGGCGUGGUUUUAGUUGGAAAUACUUUAACGCUAAACAUAUCCUUAUUCAAUGCGAGGAUUUGUCGGAUUGUGCACGACUUCUCGGAGGACCAAAGGGAACACCCGUAUGGCUCAUUGAUCGUCACCCAAUGAGGGUUUUCAAAUGGUCCCCAGAUUUCGAAGCAUAUUGUGAGUCCCCGAUUGCAGCAAUUUGGUGUAAUAUAAUCGGGCUCCCAAUCCACCUCUUUGAUCAAUCCGCCUUAUUCGCCAUCGGCAAGCUCCUUGGUACCCCCAUCCAAGUCGACCGAGCCACGGCCAACAAGUCUAGACUAUCCUUCGCUCGAAUUUGCAUUGAGAUAGACAUCACAAAACCGCCUCCCGAAGAAAUAAUCCUUGAUAUUUGUGGUCGAGAAACGGUGCAGCAAGUGCGGUGGGACAAGAUACCAUCUUAUUGCCAAGAAUGCAAGCAUGUUGGUCAUGCGAGUGAUGCGUGCUAUGCAACGGGGAAGAGGGAAAGGCCACCGAGGAGGAACUACCACACCGCUCCACCAAGUCAGCCACAACCCGCGUACCAAGGUGGGAAUGGAAAGCAAGACAUGGCGACAAGCGCCCCUAACUCUAAUGAAUGGAAACGCCAAGGAAGGAAAAAAGGAAAGGCGGGUGAUAGAUCAAGCAACAACUCACUUGGAGAAGGUGCCGUUGAAACAAUUUGGGUGGGACCGGACAUAAUGGGGGAACCUCACGAGGGGAGUGAAAUGCAUAGCGGAACAUACGAUAUGGGGGUAAAGCUCGGGGAUGGGAACCAAAGGGAACCACCAUAUUCGCACUUUGAGACACCGACGCCAAUGCAUGAACAUUCGGAGGCGGGGAGGGGAGGCCCCAAUGUGAAACGUGUGGCUUACCCGUCUACACGUGGGAACUCGAGCGGGGGCGCGCGGAAUUCCAUGACGACGGGACGUGGAUUCUUCGCGAUGAAAAACCAUAUGAGCACUAACCAACACUACUCCCACAUGGAGAGUGGAGAAUUUGAUGUUGACUAUUGUGGGGAUGCGGAAGGCUCGGUCAUGGACGCGCAAGUGGGGUGCGAGACGGGGGGAGGCAAUCUUCACCUAAGCGAUGCCGAGGAUCACGCAAAGAACAUACGAUAUGGGGGUAAAGCUCGGGGAUGGGAACCAAAGAGCAACAAAUCAUCCAAUGUCAGGCAGGGCCUUCAUCCCCUUCGGAUGAGAGAGAUCGCUGGAAUCCUCGAGGGAAUACCAUGGAUUAUAGGUGGUGACUUCAACACCAUUCUAUCCCACCGGGACAGAACUGGGAGCGACACCAACCGGCAGGCCGAGAUGGUCGAUUUUGCAGAGGCAAUUGAGGAUUGCCGACUCGUGGACCCAGGGUUCGAUGGGGCGGAAUUUACUUGGGCCAAAAACGGUCUAUUUGAACGGCAGGAUAGAGUGCUUGUUAAUGAGGCUUGGACUAGGGUCUUCGAGGCCACCCGAGUAACGAACCUCCCACGAAUCACCUCGGACCACAGACCAGUCCUAGCACGAUGCAAAAUGUCGAACAUUGCCAUCGGGGGGAAGGCAUUCAGGUUCCAGAACACGUGGAUCCGACAUGAGGGAUUUUUGGCUGUAGUUAAGAAUGCAUGGGAAGAGCCCACUGGGGCGGGCGGCCUUCUAAACAUCCAAAUUAAACAUUCCAGAGUUAAAAGAGCACUAAAGGAGUGGAACAAAGAGGUUUUCGGGACCUUUUGA